GGGUGCCCCACAGGCCAUCGGUUCCGUGUCACACCGCACAUCUGUCCUCAUCGACCCCGGGCUGAAGACCCUGCCGAGCUCUCUCCUGUUUAAGCCCCAACACCUCCUUGGUGCCCUGGGAGGGCCUUCGGGCGGCCCCAGCUCUCCGUCCUUGUCGCCCAACACCCUGGGUGCCUGUGCUGUCCGUGCACGCUGCGCGCACGCGCUCUGCGGGUCUCUACACUUCGGCACGUGCGGUUCCCGCUCCUGGAGCCCUGGUUCCUCUUGUCCUGGCGAGCUCCUGUCCUCCUCCCAGGCACAGCUGUAACGUCCCCUUCUCCGCCCGCCGCGAGCGUCAGGAGCUCCCGUCUGGGGUUCUGGCAGCGCCCUGUGCCUUCCUGCUGCCUGCCUUCGCUGGGCUCUUCUUCCCGGGCUGGAGCUGCUCUCCAGGAGUCCCGGGAAGACAAGGACAAGCUCUUACUCGUUCCUGUAAGCCGGGCGCCUGCCACAGCUGCUGCUGAGGGGACGUUGGCUCAACAGAGCACUGCUUUCUCUUCCAGCGAGCUGGCCUCCUCUCUCCUUGCGGAAGCCUGAGGAAACAGGAAUGCCGGCCCCGAGGUGAGGAGCAGAGGGUGCCUUCGUGGAUGUGAGGCCUCGGGGCUGCGGGGCACCUGAGCGAUCAGCAGGUCCAACUCCCUCCAUGCCGGUGUCCCCUCCUCGGCUCGUCGCCCCAGGAGUGGUUGCGAGCUGCGUCCAGACACCCCAGCACCUCGUCGGGGUGGUUUCAAAUCAUGAGGGAGGGUCCCGGGAAUGGUGGGUGGGCUGCUGGCGUUGCUCCCGAAUCCCGGUUUUGAAGAACUGGAACUUGCCCAGUGAGCUAGAGGCACGUGAUCGGUGGCUGCUGGUUGGGGGACAGCUGUGACGGCGCUCCGUAAGGACUCCCUUCUCUGACCCUCCCGUGUGUGCUGAGAGGCGGGGAGCCCCAGGUCCCCCGGGGCGGGGGAGGUCCGGGGUAGUGGCUGCCAGGCCAGUUCGCUGCCGGAUGGGCGGGCGCAGGAGGAAUGGCCUGGCCGUGUUGCAGGUGGGCGUGGGACGGUGUGUGGCUGCCCCCGGGAGAGGGACCCCUCUGCAGCUCAGCCUUGAUCUUCAGUACAGCUAAGUCAGCGCCGAGCCUUCAAACCAUCUGAUUUCUGACUUCCCGGUGACGCUUUCUCCACCUGCUGCUUCCCACACCCUCCAGGAGCAAGGUCCCGGCAGGAACAGGCCUUCUCUCCCUCCUGUCUGCUCACUUGGGGGUCAGCCGGGCCUCCAGCCUGGCCGCUCCCGCCUUCCGCUGCUCGGGCUGCUGCUUCCUCCCAGCCCCUGUGACUGGGCCGCAGCCCACACCCCAGGAGGGAGUCUCCUCCCCAAGCUCCGCUUCCUCCCCCGACACGCUUCUGUCCCCGUGAGGCACCCCAUCUUCCUUCUAGGAAGUCCUCGUCGUUUGCGCCACUGCUCUUUGGGGGGCGGUGCCCCCAGGACAUCGUCUCCUCUCGGAGCCCAGGGCACCUGCUCUGAGUGCACUUCCCCUUCUGACCCCCGCCCGUGGCACCAGCAGACCUCACUGUCCCUGCGACCCAUCUGGGCACUUGCCUCGGCGGCUGCGUCCCCUUCUCGGCCCCGGUGGCCUGGGUGCCUCCAGCCCCCCACCCCAACUGCGUCUUUGAGGCCCGGAGAGGGUUCCAGUUUGCUCCUGCCGCACGUUUGGGGGUACCACCGGUGUGGGACGGGCUCGACCCAAAGUCUCAGUUUCCCUAGUGUCCUCCUUGGUAGGGCUGGUUUCCUCUCUGCAACGCCUUUUGCCCAUCUUUCCACUGAGCUGCGUGUCCUUUUUGUGCCGAGUCGUGGGAGCUCCUUUCGGGGUCCGGGUACUAGUCCCGCCCUGGUUGUUUGUGUUUCAGAUGCCUCCUCCUGCCCCUUGGGGGCUGGUUUCCUCCUCUCUUUGAAGGGCAGCUUUGGACUCGGCAUGCGCCUACACCCUCUCCGACCUGUAAGUGCCCCACACGUCAGGGCGUGUCCCGCCGGCCCACUCCCAGGCCCGCCCCCUGGGGCUGGUGGUCCCCGAGGAGCCGGUGCCCUGGCGUCCAGCGCUCUGCCCGUGAGAAAGGGCUCCUUCUUGACUGGGUAAGUCACUCGGUCAGUGCCUGGCUUUAGUCCCUGCCCUGGACUCACGCAGGGCAAGCCCCGGGGCAGCCGUGCAGCUGCAGGAAGACGGCCGGCCUUGUUUUCUCUGCCCCAGCUCCCGGUUUACCUCCUGCCGCCCCACAUCUGGCCUGUUUCUAAGACGUGCUCCCCUGCCCCCUCCUUCCCCUCUGUCCCCUGGGCAGCUCCUGUUGGCCGUGUCCCUCUCCACACGGCCCAGAUCGAGGGGUCCAGCCUGAGAACCGCAGGUGUUUCUGACUCUGUCUCAGUGACUGGCGCUGCAGGACCUCGGGAAGAAGCUGCACGCAGGGGACCUGCAGACGUGAGCAGCCGCUUGGCCGCCACUGCUCGGGUUGGCGCCUGCGCAGGGAACGUGGCGCAGCACAGGGGGCCUCCUGUGCGCUUCUGGCGAUGCCCCCACUUGCAUUCACGUUACAGACGGUUAUAUCGCCUUUGGCUGGGGGCGGGAGAUGCUCGUCUCCAGGUCUGCGGCACUCCUGAGCUCUUGGGUCUACGUGCUCUUCAGCGUCCUCAGUCUCUGGGCAACGACCCGGGCCCCAGGCCCUCCGCAGCUGGAGGGGGCCUUCCCGACAUCAGGCCGUGGCCCAGUGAAUGGGGCCAGCUUCCUUGUUUGAGAGAUUCAGGAGUGGGGCCGGGGUGCGGGGGUGGGAGUCUGGAGCGAGCGUUGCCAUCCCGUAACCGUGGUCACAGGGCUUGGAUGACAGGACUGCUGUGCUCUGUGCCUGUAGGGCCCGUUCAGCCGCCUCCUGAGUAUCCCUGUGCUCUCCGUGGCGACUUUACAAAGGACAGAGAGGAUGUGAAGAGUCAGGAGCAAGGGACGCCCAUAAGGCAUCGCCUGGAGGCAGGAAGGGUCAUCCCAGGUUCUGAAGGAUUCCUCGGCAGACAUCUCACUAAGCCCUGCGCCUGGUUCCGGAGGAUACUGGAUUGCAGCCUCUCCCUGCUGAAGACCAACUGACAAACCCUCGGGAAUGGCCCUGCGUACCUGGGACCAGUGACAGCCUCUGCUCAGAAACCCCAGCCCAGGGGUCCUCCUGAAGCGGCCGCAGAGACAGAGUUUAUCGCGUCUCCCACAUCAGGGUCAAGCUGGGCCCGGUGUCCACCAGCCUCCAGCUGUCUGGUUGUCCCGCUUCCCGGUGUUGGGUCACCCAGCGCGGAGCCCGAGGUCCCUUUGGGAGGGGCUGGGGGGUCAUUCCAGUGCCUGCUUGCCGUGGUGCUGCAGCGUCCUUCCCGCUGGGGACCCGCCACGUCCCUGGUCCGCGGUUCCACGUCUGAGAACUGGCUCGGGGGCAGAACCUGGGCGAGGGAUCGUGACUUGUUCACUGGGGCGGCUGCCCUCGGCCUCCUGCCGUCCGUCCUUGCUCUUUUGAGUGUCUGUCUUAGACUGUAUCUUGGUUGGUUGCCCAUCCAUCGAGCCCCCGGGAAGCCGUGUUGUACUGACCACCUGCCCCGCUCGGUGGGUCAGGCCUCCUGGUCAGUGGCGGCCAUCGUCAUAGCCCCUGGUUUCUGGCCGCUCAGUGGCGCCCCACGACCUCUGCUGCGGUCCCUGGGCGGCGGGGGAGGGCAGGGGCUCGUCCCUUUCCUCCCUCACCUGGCCUGGCGCGCCCGGCCUGUGUUGUGAGGUGACUUCGCUCUGCUUGGGGGCCUGGCAGUGGGCUGACCACCUCUCCCCAUUUUUCCUGCACUCUCCUGCUUGUAGCGCUUCAGGUCCCACAGCAAAUCGGGGCGGCUGGCUACCCUGUCUCCUGGGACGGAGGGCACCUGUGGGGAAGGACGCGGGUCAUGUUUGCUCCCUCGGGGGAUGCAGGUUUGCCCAGGUGGGCUUCCGAUGCUGGCGGGACGGGCGUGCCUUGGUUGAACAUUCAGCGUCUUUGAGGUUCAGCCACUUCUGUCGAAUCCUGGGUUGGACGAUUGUCCGCUGCCUGAGAUGGGGGCUCCUUUGUAAGGUACUGGGGAGACCCUGGGGCCCCCUUUUUUCUCACUUUGCUCUUCACCCUAAGCUGCUCAUCCCCUAUGGUCGGCAAAGCAAAGAGGUCACCUUCCCCUGUGCCCCCCGCGUUCCGCACGCUUGGAUCUUCUCACCUGCCAGGACGUUCCUCUCCCCCUGCCAGCCCAGCGAACGUUCUAGCAUGAGAGUUCUAGCAACUGGGCUGCGGCCUUGCGGCCGGGGCUGUCCGCCCGCACACCACCCAUCCCCGGGGUGGGGUCCUCAUUGCCAGUGAGGCGGGUGAUGACAAUCCCGUACCAAGACCCCAUCUCAUCACCUGCUCCUUGGACCACUCCAGGGCCGGCCGGCUCGGGUUGCGUCCCUCGGGAAGCUGAUCCCGGGAGAGAGUUAGUGCCAAAGGCUGGCUGGGGACUCACACCCACUAAGGGGACAGGGAGCAAGCAGGGUUGGGCAGGGUGUCCCUUCAACCUGCGAUGUCGACCUGACAGUUUCUGCCAGCCCGUCGGGGAGCUGCAGAGCACGGACGGGCAUUAGAGGUCCCCGCAGUGGGCCCCCGUGGUCAGGCCCUCGCAGCGCCCGAGGCCUUGCGAUCCACAUCGACUGACCGGGAGAACCAACACCCAGAAGUGGUGCCCGAGGGGUGGCUGCGUGCGCGCACGGGGCGCCAGCUGCCUUUGCCCGGGCAGCACCUUGCUCUGCCCUGCGGCCGGCCUGGUGGGAGGUGCUUUGGCUUCUUGUGCAUCAGACGACCGCUGGGUUGGGCAGGGGACGUGCUUCCAGGGCGUUGGCUGACUGGCCAUCUGUCAGCGUCAUCGGUGUCAGCGCAGCUUGAUGGGAGAGGGCAGAUCUGGGUACCAGGCGUCAGAAGGCAAAGCCCAUUUAAGUCCGCAGACGUCCGUCCUGUGAGAGGGUCCUGGACUGUGCAGGGACACAGGUGUCCACUCGCCCUUGGGUUACUCAGGGCUGGUGGGGGAGGGGCAUCUUCCAGGCAGACCUGUAAAGCACAGAGUCUGAAACGAGGCGGAAGGAGGGCAACGUGAAGAGCGGGGAAGCCCUGACUCAGAGCCAGGGGCUGCGGAGGGCUUCAGGGAGGAGGGCCGUCUGGGCUGGGUCUUGAAGUGAGAAGGGUCUCCUUAGCUGGGAGAUGGGGGACGGGCCCCCUGGAAGGGCCAGACACGUUCAGGGGACUGAGUCCAGGUGUGUGGCUGGAGCAGAUGAGUUUGUGGAGGGCCCCAGCCUGACACCAUCAAUUCAGGUCCUCUGAGCGAUUGUUGGCAUGGGAGUUUUAGAGAUUUUGAUGUGCUGUGAAGUUUCAUUCAUUGCCUGUAGAGGGAAGCGUGUGUGCAGAGCUACCCAGGUAGGCUGGGCAGGCUCCUGUCGUCCACAGGGAGCAGCGUGGGAGGAAGCACAAGCUCUGCUCUGCCGUCACAAACCUGCGAUUGAUCCCCGGCCCCACCACUGCUGGAGUGUGGUACAUGCCUGGGGGGCUGCAGGCAAGGACCCGUCUGCCUCCUGAUUCCUCAUGCAUCCUUCCCACCUCCCGCCCCAGGGCCUGGACGGGAUGGUGCUCCGGAAAUGUUUGCCGACUUGAACGGAGUCCACAAGAGAACUACAGACAUUUUUAGAGACCGCGCAUGCCCACUGCUAUUCAAUGUUUAUUUGGUCAUUUAUUGUCCACAAGCUCCACGAGGGAAGGAACUUAGAACUCCCAGCCGCCAGGACUUCCAAGCUGCCAACAGUGCGCGGUAUACAUAUCUGAUGUACUUAAUGCUCUGAAUGUCCUUUUAAUCAUCGUGGAUGACCUACGCCCCUCCCUGGGUUGUUACGGGGACAAGCUCAUAAGGUCCCCAAACAUGGACCAGCUGGCCUCCCGCAGCCUCCUCUUCCAGAAUGCCUUUGCCCAGCAAGCCGUGUGCGCCCCGAGCCGCGUGUCCUUGCUCACCGGGAGGAGACCAGACACUACCCGCCUGUAUGACUUCAACUCCUACUGGAGGGCACACUCUGGAAACUUCUCCACCAUCCCCCAGUACUUCAAGGAGAAUGGCUACGUGACCAUGUCGGUUGGAAAAGUCUUUCAUCCUGGAGUGUCUUCCAAUCAUAGUGACGACUCUCCCUAUAGCUGGUCUGUUCCACCUUAUCAUCCGUCCUCUGAAAAGUACGAAAACACCAAGACCUGCAGGGGACCAGACGGAGAACUCCAUGCCAACCUGCUGUGCCCUGUGGAUGUGGCAGAUGUGCCCGAGGGCACCCUGCCUGACAAGCAGAGCACCGAGCAAGCCAUACGGUUGUUGGGAAAGAUGAAAACGUCUGCCAGUCCUUUCUUCCUGGCUGUGGGCUAUCAUAAGCCGCACAUCCCCUUCAGAUACCCCAAGGAAUUUCAGAAGCUGUAUCCCUUGGAGAACAUCACCCUAGCUCCUGAUCCCCAGGUCCCUGCCGGCCUCCCUCCUGUGGCCUACAACCCCUGGAUGGAUAUCAGGCAGCGGGAGGAUGUCCAAGCCUUAAACCUCAGUGUGCCCUACGGCCCGAUUCCCGCCGACUUUCAGCGGAAAAUCCGCCAGAGCUACUUUGCCUGUGUUUCGUAUUUGGAUACGCAGGUUGGCCACCUUUUGAGUGCCCUGGACGAUCUUCAGCUGGCGAGCAGCACGAUCGUGGCGCUCACCUCGGAUCACGGGUGGGCUCUAGGCGAACACGGAGAAUGGGCCAAAUACAGCAAUUUUGACGUCACUACUCGCGUGCCCCUGCUGUUCUAUGUUCCGGGAAGGACGGCUCCGCUUCCGGCGGCAGGCGACAAGCUUUUCCCAUACCUCGACCCUUUUGAUUCCAUCUCAGAAUCAGUGGAGCCAGGCCGGCAAGCCGGGGACCUCGUGGAACUGCUCUCUCUCUUCCCCACGCUCGCGGGACUUGCAGGGCUGCCUGUCCCUCCUCGCUGCCCCAUCCCCUCGUUUCACGUGGAGCUGUGCGGAGAAGGCCGGAACCUUCUGAAGCAUUUUCAGGUCCGUGACUCGGAAGAAGAUCUGUACAUCCGUGGUAAUCCCCGUGAGUUGGUGGCCUAUAGCCAGUACCCCCGGCCUGCGGACUCUCCUCAGUGGAAUUCUGACAAGCCGAGUUUGAAAGAUAUAAAGGUCAUGGGCUAUUCCAUACGCACAGUAGACUAUAGGUAUACUGUGUGGGUUGGCUUCAAUCCCCGGGAAUUUCUGGCUAACUUUUCAGACGUCCAUGCAGGGGAACUGUAUUUUGUAGCUUCUGACCCUUGGCAGGAUCACAAUAUGUAUAAUGACUCCCAAGGUGGAGCCCUUCCCCGAUCGUUGACGCCUUGAGUUUUGCCAACCGCAGAGGGCAUAUAUAACGCUCUCCUGUCCAGCUGGUGAGAGAAGGAAUUACACUGGUUAUUUCGUGAUUACCUGUAAUAUUGGAAGCAACCCCAGGGGUAGGCAGUCAAAACAGGCGUCAACAAUUUGGCCUCAGAAUACGUAACAGCCGAAACUUUUUGAUUUGUCUUUAUAAUUGGUAAUUGGACUGGGCUGAACCUCUUCUUUCCUUUUUUUUGGAACACUCAUAGCUUAUUUGUUGAAUGAAUAAGUACAGAGUGAGCAAACUAAAAUUGUCAUAAGUUUAGCUAUCAAGACCAUAAUAACUGAACAUAACACUGUACUCAAGAAAUACUUUAAGUAUUUGUGAAAUUUAGUGCAUUUCAAAAAGUAACCACAUGUCAAAUUAGGUGUGACACAAAGUUCCUAGUUCUUUUGUUUAUAAUUUAAUAAUAUAUCUUAUUUAGCCCAAUAUAUUCAAAAUAUUAUAUCAACAUGUAAUCUAGGUUUCUUUUUAAAAUGUAAAAUAAUAAUGCUAGAUGCCAGUGCCUUAAAGUCUAGCUUCAGUUUUUCUAAGAUCACAAAUUUUCAAAUCUCAAAAUAAAAUAUGCAUGAAGUGAUUAAUAUGGAAUUUCUACAUCAAAUAAUAAAUAAUGCUCACUAAACUAGAGGCAUGAGAUGUAUGAGAAAUUCAGUUAAAAUUUUUCAGAGACUUUCUGGCCCAAAUAAUAAUUCGUUAGCAAGUAAUAUGACCUUUGAACCCAAAGGCAUCUAUUUAAAAGGUAUCUUUAUUCACAGUGGAAAAUAGUUACAGGCAUAACUGUAUCCAUGAAUUGAGUCAUUCAAAACCAUUAAUGUUCUCCUUCUCUAGAGAUGGUUGGUUGCAAACAUCCAUUUAUCCAGGAGACAGGAAAUAGUCUACUUUUUAAGUGCUGAUUAAAGACAACAUUAAUUUUGUUAAAUUCUAAAUUAUUUUGAGAACUGUGAAAACUUUUCAUUAAUAUAAUAUUAGGUGAUUUCUAAUCCCCCAGAAUGUGGUUCUAUAUUCCCUAAAUAUGAAAGUAACCAGAAAGGCAGGUGGUAGUAAUAAGCUUAGCCUACGUCAUCUUAAAAAUGAUGGAGUAUUCACAGGUCAUAUUUACAACACGUUGAAGUUGAUUAAUUAUCAGUAGUCACCAGAAGAGUCAAGCACUCUCUUAAUAAACAUCUAAUGUAGUCCUGUAUCAAAGUAACCUUUAGUAAUUCUUUGUUUACAAGUGCUGCUUUGGUAUUUAAAUAUUUGUGAAACAAAGUACGGCAAAUUAAGUUACUGCACUGUGUUAAAUUGUAAACAAAAAGGCAAGAUAUUAUAAGAUUACCUCAAAUCAGUAAAAUUUCAAAUACAGAUUUUUUUUUACUAAUUAGCCUACAGUGGAGGCAUAUAUGGUAACACAACAAUCUUCUAAGCGAUUAAGUGACAGUGUUCUGGCAACAGUUUCUGCUUGAGGAGUGGAGGGCCCUAUUCCUCUCUCCUGAUCCCGAAGCUCGAGUCUCUCCUGGGAAGCCUCAGCUUUGUAGAUGGUUUCCUUCAGCCUUUUCUUUCUCCUUCUUCAUCCUGUCUUCUUUGUCACUCACAUCACUUCCACUAAGAAUCUUACAAUCCGGUCAAAUUCCUCGUGAUGUUUUCAGCGUAUUUAGCUUCAUCUCCUACUGCACGGUUACGAGAAGUUUUCACCCAGGCUUUUAUUUUGCAUUCAUGGUUGACUAUUAUAUGUACACUUCAUCAUUUUUUUCUCUCUUUAUUUUCUUGAAGCACAGUUUUAGUAUCAAAAAUCUCCAAAUUCGGGCUUCCCUGGUGGCGCAGUGGUUGAGAGUCCGCCUGCCGAUGCAGGGGACACGGGUUCGUGCCCCGGUCCGGGAGGAUCCCACAUGCCGUGGAGCGGCUGGGCCCGUGAGCCAUGGCCGCUGAGCCUGCGCGUCCGGAGCCUGUGCUCCGCAACGGGAGAGGCCACAGCAGUGAGAGGCCCGCGUACCGCAAAAAAAAAAAAAAAAAAAAAAAAAAUUUCCAAAUUCUACUCUUGCUGAAGGCGUAAUUUGAACCGUGCCAAAGAGAGCAAAGUGACAUGCAUUCUGGCCAUCACUCACCCACGUGACCAAAGCCACAGCUGGGGCUGGGUCUGCUUUGGGGUGUUUCGCGUGUAGAUCUGGCUCUGCUGGAAGUGCUUCUGUGUCCUCUUUUCUCCGCGAGGGCGUAGCCUCAGAAUGCUCCUUAGGUUUUCGCUUUUCUUGGCCUCCCUUUAUGAAUCUCUCCUUUUAGAAGCGCGGCUGCAUUUCACAUUCAGGGGCGUGCUCUUCUAAAUCAUCUCACGGGCGACGGUCGCUUUUUGUGUUUUUGACACUGAACCCAAUUUAGAGCCGCUUGUGCACGUCUGCAGCGUUCAUUGGGAUGAGCGGCUGCUCUCUGGUUUUCACACUUCAAAGCCAACCACAUUCCUUAUCUUGAAUCGGCUUUGAGAAACCAUGUCUUCGUUGCAUCACGUAACUUUUCUCUGAUCCUGCUGAGCUGGACACGUUUUAUUAAUGGUUCUCAAGUCACUCUUUGUAGACUUGAGCCAGGGGUUCUUUUAUGCAGUUUAGUUGAAACCCGGACCAGUAAUCUCAGAAAUUUUGAGUGGCCCUAAACCAGUGGCUCAGAAACACGAGGGUCCUGCCUGCAGAGCUUCCGCUUCAGGGUGUCUGGGCUGAGGCCUGAGAGUCUGCACUUGGACACAUGACACUGCUCCUCCAGAGUCUGCACUUGAGGACCACUGCCCCUAGGUAUGUGCUGGCCACUAGCCACUAGGCACAUGUGACUAUUUAAAUUUCAAUUAAUUAAAAAGAAAUAAACAUUUCAAAAGCACAAUCUCUGUCACACUUGCGACAUUUCAUGGGCUCAAGAGCCAGUGUGCGUCGUGGCUACCGUAUCGGACAGCACCGAUCUACAGCCUUUCUGUUGUGCCAGAAAGUGGACGAACGGAGCUGCCCUAGAUUAACUCUGGGCCGAUCCACCUGGCUGUUGGCGGGUUCCUCCUAUGGGCUGAUUCUCUACUCUGUUUGCCCACAGAGACUUGUCCGGUAGUGAACCACAUACGUCUGGUUUAAGCUUAGCGCAGGGAGUUCCCUCUGGCAAUCGGUCUCUUCCCCUCCACUCCCACCACCAUCAUCCUAGCCCUUCGCACCUCCUUCCCACGUAGUUUACCUCCCCCUCCUCUUUCCUCCCCUGCUCCCAAAGAAUCCAUGUGUCUUCCUGAAAUCCUUCUUUGGUCCUGCCCUUUAAGAACACCGUUAGUGCCUACUACUGGGUCUACACAGACCUCCGCUGAGCAGUCAGAGUCUUCCCUGACUCCACAAAGCCCCUUUCCUCGGCUGACCAGUUUGCACACUGGUCCCUGACUGUCCCUUGCCGAUCCCUGCCUCCCUGCCCACCCUUAGGUUGUCCCGUCCUCCCUUCACCACCCACCCACCCAUCCAUCCAUCCAUCCAUCCAUCCAUCCAUCCAUCCAUCCAUCCAUGAUCACUCUCCACUGCCCGCUCCCAUGCCCCCACUUCCAAGAGGCUGAGGGGUUUGAACUCUCUAGAUUGCAUCAUGGGAUGAAAUAAACAUCGCUGAGGAAUCUUGUGGGCACCUUACUUUAAAAGUAUUUUUUUCUGAUUGUAAAAUUAACAUGUUAAUUUUAGAAAAAUUGGAAAAUACGAAUGUAGUAAAAGGUAAGAAGAUGCAUCAGUAUUUUACACCAAGAGAGUCACUUAAUAUCUUGUCUUUUUUGGGAUGUAAAUUUUUUACACUGUUACGGUCAUACCGUGUGCUGUAUCGUGCAAUUUUAUAUUCCUAUUCUUUCACUGUUACAUGUGGUUAUUACAGGUUUUUGCAAAGAUACUUUAUACUGGUGGUAGUAUAUUUUAUUGUGUAAUUUCAUCAUUAUUUACUUAACCUUUCAGUUAUUGGGAAUUUAGUCAAUUUCCAAAUUUUCAGUAUUGUAAAUAAUGUUGUGAUGAGCAACUUUGUGAAUAAAAUGAUUUUGUGUACUUCACAUUACUCCCAUAGGACGGGCUCUCGGUGCCAAAUUGCCAAAAGCAUCUCGACUUCAGUCCUUGCCCCACUCUCCUGCUCCCUUAAGGUAGUAAAACUGAAAAUAAAGCAAACAAGCAUACAGAGUAUACAAAUCUUGAAAACAAACAAAACCCCUAACCCUCACGGUAACAGGUGAAAGUGGCAUCCUGUAUGAGCUUUGAAUUCUUUGCUUAUUAAUGACCUCGAUCCCCGUUCUCUCUGUACGAUUGUUGGGCAUUUGUAUUUCUAGUUGUGUGAAUUUGCCUUUAAAUUUUAGGUUUCACUUUUAUAAGUAAUCAAACAAAUUGCUCUUUUCCUACGUGAUUUUUUUCCUGUCUUUUCCUAUUCAACAUGGAGACCCUUGCCGAUCUAGAGAUUUAAUAAAUAUUCAUAUUCCUUA